GCACAACGCUGCCCGCCCCUCGCUAGCAGUAGCAGCAGUAGGAGGAGGCGGUGUUGGUCCCGGCUGGGGCGAUAGCGUGAGGGUGCCCGAGCGCCGCUGUUGCCCCCUUUUAUCCGGGAGCCCCAGGUCCGGGCCGAGGAGGAGGAGGCGUCCCGGCCGCGGAGGGAGUCCGAGCGGCGGCAGCAGCAGGAGUCUGUGCCCGGCCCCCCCUGCGCUCAGUCCCGUUACAACCCCCUCCCUCCGCGCUCCGCAGCCACCAACAUGUCGGCGCCGGCGGCCAAAGUCAGUAAGAAGGAGCUGAACUCCAACCACGAUGGGGCCGACGAGACCUCAGAAAAAGAGCAACAGGAAGCAAUUGAACAUAUUGAUGAAGUACAGAAUGAAAUAGACAGACUGAAUGAACAAGCAAGUGAGGAAAUUUUGAAAGUAGAACAGAAAUACAACAAACUCCGCCAACCAUUCUUCCAGAAGAGGUCAGAACUGAUCGCCAAAAUCCCAAACUUCUGGGUAACAACAUUUGUCAACCACCCACAAGUAUCUGCACUGUUGGGGGAAGAAGAUGAGGAGGCACUGCAUUAUUUGACCAGAGUUGAGGUGACAGAGUUUGAAGACAUCAAAUCAGGUUACAGAAUAGAUUUUUAUUUUGACGAGAAUCCAUACUUUGAAAAUAAAGUUCUCUCCAAAGAGUUUCAUCUGAAUGAGAGUGGAGAUCCGUCUUCAAAAUCAACUGAGAUCAAAUGGAAAUCUGGGAAGGACCUGACAAAGCGCUCAAGCCAGACACAGAACAAGGCCAGUAGGAAGAGGCAGCAUGAAGAACCAGAAAGUUUCUUUACCUGGUUCACUGACCACUCUGAUGCAGGUGCUGAUGAACUAGGAGAAGUCAUCAAAGAUGACAUCUGGCCAAAUCCGUUACAAUACUACUUGGUUCCUGAUAUGGAUGAUGAAGAAGGUGAAGGAGAAGAAGAUGAUGAUGAUGAUGAAGAGGAAGAAGGGUUGGAGGAUAUUGAUGAAGAAGGAGAUGAAGAUGAGGGGGAAGAAGAUGAAGAUGAUGAUGAGGGAGAAGAAGGAGAGGAAGAUGAAGGAGAAGAUGACUAAUUAAACACUGAUGGAUUCCAACACCCACCCCUCCUUUUCUUACCUUUUUAAUUUUUCUCCAGUCCCUGGGAGCAAGUUGCUGUCUUUUUUUUUUUUUUUUUUUUCCCCACCCUUGUGCUCAGUCGCCUUGUUCUCUUGAGGUCUCUUUUUCUCUCCUCUACACCAUGGUUCACCAUUUUAUUUUGGGGAAAAUACCCUGAGCAGAAUACAGUGGAAAAUAAAAUCUCUACCAGUUUCUGUUCCAAGUUCAUUUUUAUCCCUUUCUGUCUCAAAACAAAAACUGUUUAUGGAAUCAACACACCAUGUUCUGUGGGAAAAAAGAAAACCUUCUGCUCCCUUCACUCUGCUGGAAGCUGAAGAGUGCUAGGCCCCUGUGUAGUAGUGCAUAGAUUCUAGCUUUUUUCCUUCUUUCUCUGUAUAUUGGGCUCAGAGAUUACAGUGUCUCUAUGUGAAUAUGGACAGUUAGCAUUUACCAACAUGUCUGUCUACUUUCUCUUGUUUAAAAAAAAAUUAAAAAACUAAAAAAAAUGGGGUAUAGAAGGUCAGCAAGGGUGGGUUUCAGAUGUUUGGGUGGGUUAAGUGGGCAUUUUGACAACAUGGCUUCUUCUCCUUUGGCAUGUUUAUUGUGAUGUUUAACAAACAUCCUUGCAGUUUAAGAUGACACUUUUAAAAUCAAAUCUUCUCCUAAUGAUGACUUUGAGCCCUGCCACUUGAUGGAGAAUCAGCAGAACCUGUAGGAUCUUAUUUGGAAUUGACAUUCUCUAUUGUAAUUUUGUUCUUGUUUAUUUUUAAAUUCUUUUUUUUUUUUUUUUUUUGGUUCACUGGAAAGGAAAGAAAGAUGCUCAGUUUUAAACGUUAAAGUGUACAAGUUGCUUUGUUACAAUAAAACUAAAUGUGUACACAAAGGGACUAAUGGUCUUCACUGAACAAAACAUGUUUCUGAUUUUUCUUGCUCAUUUUCCCAUAUAUUAUCAAUUUUUUUGUCUGUAGUUAAUAAUUUAACACUUGUUGAUAUGUGGUCAGAAUAUCUGUAUUGCAAGAUAACCUCAUGGCUGUAUGGAUUUAACCUGAAUUUAAAUUGUUAGAUAGUGUUCAUAUCUGGGAAAAAUGUUUAAUUUAGGUGUAAUUUAGCAUAAAUUAUCUGAUACUAUCAAUAAGUUGCUGUCAGACUUCCUAUCAAUCAUCACUAUAAAUUGGCAGUCAUUACUGUAAUCUGCACAUUGUUUCUCUUAGUUUGAUAUCUCCAUAGGAAUGGGUUGUGGUUACAUUCCUUGUAUGUUACAUUAAUGGAGUCUUUAAAUGUUCCCUCGUGCACCAAAAAAAACACCUGAUGCUCUAAUAAUAAAGAAAUGUGCAGAUUUAAACACUCUCAUUAGUGAUGUAAAUGAGAUACCACAUAUCUCUGAUCUCUAAUAAAUCAGAUCACUGAAAAGACCAUGCAAACUCAAAUUGAAUGAUCAGAGGUUAAUGUUUAUAAUCCAUUUGGUAAUAACUUUCUGAGUUGAGACGUUAAAUCUGUUUGAAUUACACAUUCAGGCUGAUUGUACUCUUUUCAAACACUGAAGAAUCUUACUCUGCUAAAUUACAUCUCACAAGGAAGUGGUUACUUUGCAUGUGGAAUUUCAGUGCCAUACAACCUCCAAUCUAUGCUGUUUAUAUUUUCAAAUAUGUGAGCUAAUAAAAUGCAACCUGUUUUGAUUUAAAAGUA